AUGUACAUGCAUCAUAGCAACGUAUCACCCUUACCCCGCAGGGCGCCCUUGAUUGGCUCAAAAGCAAAAGCGAGUUUGGUAGUGGAGCCCCAUUCGUGGGGCUCCCUACUUGGGCCUUCGUUGGCCUCACUCGUGAAGCUGCUGCCUCCUUUGGUGGGGGCUGCCUCAUACGUGGAGCCCGGCCUUGGUGAGGAGCUUUCGAUCCAGGACCUCGACAACUACCUUGGCUGCUACUUCACCGCCCGUGAUCACCUUGUCGCCCCCUGGUCUGACGGCCCUCCUGGCUCCUGGACUUUGUGGACAAGGCCUUCUACCUGUUCCGCGGGGUCUAUUUACAUCCAGAUCUGCAAGGCCGUGACCUGCGACAUCUUGGCCUUCUUCCUGAUCUACCUGAUCGUGGCCUUGGACUACAUCGACAUCUACCUGGCAGCUGCUUGGCGCUACUUCCUGCUUACCUCUUGGUGGUCUUGCGACGUGGGGAUGACCACGAUUCCCUUGCAGGAAUUUCGCCGAGACAUCCCACCACGACGGCAGGUUGGUGACCAAAGCUAUCCGCUACGCCUCUACUUCAACAAGCUGAAGUCGUGGUACAGCUUGGAUGAUUGGAUUAUAGGGCCACUGAUAGCAGGCUGCUUGUAUGGGAAGGCGACGAAGAUUGCUCUGAGCCUCAGAGUUCCGAGACCCGAUGGAACAGCAGACACAGGAGAUGCGGCAUUAGCCCGCUUGGCAGUGGACGAAGUUCGAGAUCCCGAGACAGGAGCCAUCAUCCAGAACCACAUCCCAUCGCGAGUCCAGUUUUUGACAUCAGCCCUGAAGGCAGCGUUUGGACAACAGGACCAAGAUCUUGCGACCCAGGCUCUCGAGCGUCUUCAACUCAGCGAGGUCGGCAAGUUCUUCCUGCUCUUCAAGCACAGCAGCUUGAGCACGAAGACGGUGGACGAUAUCAAGUUGCAGAUUGGAGGCGACUACAACAAGUUUGCUGAAGCACGUGCACUUGCACUUCGCCUCAGCCCCAACCGCAACGACGAUACCACCGAGAUCUUCCACGCUGCUGAGGUGAAGCUGACGAAGGAUGGCAAGACUGGGAAGAUCCUGCAACUUCCUGGUAUGAAUGAAUGUUGGGAUGAUGAUGGCUGGCACUACGACCCUGAGUAUGACAUGGAGCACGCAGAACCACAUCCUGAAGAACCUCCUCAAGCACCUUCGAGCCAGGACUCCGACGCCAACGCCAAGGACGAAGAGACCGGCGGCUACUAUGGCAAGCCAAAGGAAAAGAUCAUGAAGGCUGUUUCAACUGCGGCUCCAGGUGGCAUAUGGUCAAGGAUUGCCCAUUGGCUUGUGAUGGCCGACAGAAUGGCAAGGGCAAGUAUGGCUUUCAGAAAGGAAAAGGAAAAGGGAAAUCCUAUGGCGGCAAGUCCAAAGGAUAUGGCUGGCAACCGUCCUACCUACAUCAAGGGCAAAGGCAAGAAGAGGAAUGGUUUCAAGGGCAAUGGCUAUGGCAAGCGCUCUUGGUAUUCCACGACACCUGGAGUGCACACCAUCCACACGCCCACCGAUGAUGAUGAGGUCAUCAAAUUGGGCAAGGUGGCUCGCAUCAGAUCUACAUCAACUGAGGAGUCUGCAGAGGACGACAAGAAGCCAGUCAAAGACAAGAAGCACUCCACGGCCUUUACGUUUGCCUCCUGCUUCUUUGACAUCAAGGAGUAUUUUGUGGUCCGUGGUUUGGUCGGGCCAGAGACCUUGCGAGAACUGUUGCGCAGCUGUGUGGGGCCCUUUGGACUUCAAGAUCAAGUGGAGAUCCUGCAAGAGAAGACGUCACCAGUCAGCGGGAUCAGCGGUGCCUCAGACCGGACACUUGCUCAACUCACCUUGCCACUGUUUGCAGGUGGCCACACCAUCACCUUCACCGGUGAGAUUUUGGGAGGACAUUACCUGUUGCCCACUGGUGAAGCCAGCCGGGCAAAGAUGCCAGAAGGAACCAAACGAGAAGUGACAGCCUUCUUCAACAAGGUAGCAACACAGGCUACUCAGCUUUGGAAAGAUGUUUAUCCAAAGAUGAAGCACUGCUUCAUGGCAUCAUCUCGGGGCGCACAGACAGAAGGCGACCGGGGUGAAUCAGUUGGACCUCCUGCUGACCGAGCCCUUCAGCUGAACAACGUCCAGGAGAAGAAAGAUGAUCCGCCAACACACACAUCCAACAUCAACACAUCAACUGCUGAGAGCCCUGAUGGGUUGCGGACUGAUGCCAAGGACAAGGAGAUCGCGAAACAUCAAGGCAUUUUGCCUAAAGACGUUCAGAACGAACGCAUUUCUCACCACGACACCAAGGAAUUCAACAAGCCCUGCAUAGAUGCAUGUGACAAAGGAGCGCAGAAGACCGACUCCACAGCCGAACAGUUUCACAGCUUUGAGGACGAGUUCCCCAAGUACUCCGGCGACAUUUUUGCCGCCCAACAUGGACCAGGUCGGGGUCUGCGAUGGCACUUCCCGGAGAUCUGCAGCGGCAGUGGACGUUUGUCGCUGACACUUCUUCUGGCAGGCAUUAUUCAUGCCUUUCCUGACUGUGAACCAUGGUCAGUUUCGGCCAAUAUGAAGGACCCAGAGGACGACAAGGAGUCCCCUCCCAGAUCCCAGAUCAUCAUGCAAAGCAACGAGUUGAUCAAUGCAUCCAGGACUGCUAUGGCUGCAAUCUAUCCAAAGACGAUGUGCCAGCUUGUGAAGUUGGACUACAUCAACUACCUCAACAAGAUGAAUUUGCUCCACAUCAAGCCCUGGCCGACAGAUAUGUCGUGGUUCACAUCACAGGCAUGCUACGAAUGUGUGCGCUGCACCCUUGAACGUGCUUGCCCCAAAGGCAUCGAGCACUCAAUGAUUCCUGGACAAUGUCGUCACGGACGCUAUGCAGAAGGAACCAAACCACAACCUCAAAGGCUUGAAAACAAAGAUCCCUUCAAGAAGUGGAAGGAAACUGCAGACAAGGAAUCCUUCGAGCAGAUCCUCCUCGAGAACCAGACCAACAAGGAGCUCAGCGUUUCUUCGACGCACUACCUCAAGAAGGUCCUCAUGGAGCUGGUGAACACCGCCUUGGGUCUAAUUGUUGAAGCUGCUCAACGGAAGGUGGGCUACGUCCAUUGGGCCGAGAACGUAGUGACCAUGGCGAUCUUCAAGGAGAUCUUUGCAGAGCACAUGCAGGUCAAGGCCAUCAAAGUUGAGCUUAGACCCUUCGGCAAGACUUCAGCAGAUCCCAAGGUAGUCACUUCAACAGCCUACCUGAGGAUGCCAAUCAUUGGCCACGUGAAGCACUGGGUGGUUCACCCAAUGGAAGAUCUGCGGGAGAUGAGCUUCACCCAAAUCAACAAAUCUCUGGAGGUUGACAACUGGAUGAUCACGGUCUAUGGACAAGAUGUUGGGGCAGAACCUGCACCAUCAAUGCCAUCUUCAAGACCGAGACGCAUUCCAGCACAACUAGAACUUCCACCACGACAAGACGAUGCUGAAAUUCUGGCUCGAAUCCAAGAACGACCAGAAGAUCAUCAAGCCCUAGCUCUACAAGAUGCAGCCUAUGAAGAAGAAGAGUUCGAAGCCCAAGAUCGGCGAGAACUGGUUCCAAUCAAGCCCCACUACAACUUGCGCCGAGUGUUGGAAAAGCUGCCGAAGCUUGUAGCUGAUGCCGACAACACCCGGGCACUUCGACUUCUUCUUGGACUACAUGAACGCUUCUGGCACACACCGCUCUCAGUCUUCACCAACCUGCUGCAUCGAGCAGGAAUGCCCACUGAAGUCUUGGCUUUGGCCAAAGAAGCGGUGCUAUCGUGCCCAGUGUGCCGAAAAUACAUCAGGCUGCCAAAUGGACCUCAGAUGAGAUCAAAGUGCAUCACCAACUUCAAGGACGUCAUCCAGAUUGACCUCUUCCACUUCGAGGGACAAGAGUCCGAGCAACUUCUACAGUGCCUGCUGCGAAACUGCGCCUUUGUGUUUGGACCACCAGGCAAGGUCGUCAUGGAUCAACAAAUGAGUUUGAUGGGUCAUACCACGGGAGCUGAGUUUGAACGGCUUCGCAUGGAAAGAGUUCCAAAAGGGACAACUGCCGGACAAGGAGCACAACAACAUACCGGCACCGGACUGGCGGAACGCCAUGUCCAGCUCAUCAAGCUCACCAUGUUCAAACUUCGUGCUGAACUUGGACACCAAGGAGUUCAACAUGAUACUCAAGACUUUUGCCGUGAAAGUGCCAUGGCCCACAACGUGACUCUGAGCUACAAGGGCGUAACACCAUGCAUGUCGGUGUUUGGCAUCCUUCCUCGUGGCUUCUAUGAGGUGGAAAGUGAAGGAGUUCUCGCAGCGGAAGGGGCCACAGAAACGGACGUCACCCCAUUUGAGAGGGCGAUCCGUAUACGCCAGACUGCAUUGGCACAGACUCAACAGGCCAUCGUAGAAGAUCGAGUGGCCAGAGCCAGCAGGACACGACCACAUCAACUACAACUUCCUGAUUUGGUGCCAGGAACCUCAGAAGUGGAGUUUUGCAGAGAAGGCAAGGUGAUCCAGGAUGGAGAGGCCCAGCACCUUCGACUUGACACUGACGAAGGGACAGCCAUCAUCCAGUACCAGGGCAAGCCAUACCUUGUGGCACUUCGCCACAUUAGACCCUAUCGGGGCAUCUCCAUGUCAGCUUUCCCAGCGAAGAAGCAGACAUCUUUGCACCGAUUGAUGCGCUAUGUGGAGAGCCUCGUGGAGUACAAGGUCUACACCUAUGGAUGGCUUCAACGCCGCAAUGGCACCUGGGUUUGUCCUCCACGUGAUGACUUCCAAGCCAAACAAGCCAUGGUUUGGGCAGACUUGGUAUCCAAGUCUAUGAGGAAGGCAACAAUCCAUGGCAUCGUGCUGGGCAAGUCUCUUCGGACUUUCAAGCCGCCCCACAACACGACAGGAACGCUGAUUGUGUGGCUCCAAGGUGGCAACAACUAUGCCGUGCAGGAGCACAAGAACGCCAACCACCUGAAGGCCAAGAAGUUCAGCGCCUAUGUCAAGGAAGAGAUCUGCAUUCUCUACUUUUACUACUACAACGCGAAUGACUCUGCGUCUACUCCCCCUGGAUCAAUGGACGUUGACAAGGAAUCCAAAAAGAGGGAUGGCCCUGAAACAAGAACCAUGGUCCUGGCCCCUGAGCGUAAUUGCCAGAAGGUGUGCCUUGUGAGAAAGGAGUUUGAGUUCUUGCGGGCAUGGUACAACGAGAGCAAUCACUCCAAGCUGAUCUGGUGGGACUAUGCUGAUGGCUGGAAGAAUGGUUACGAUCUGAUGACUUCCACAACAAGAUCUUUUCUUCAACAACAUAGAGAUCAAGAACGUGCAUUGCUACCAGCACUCUUCAACAUCCAAUACAAGGCUGGUGGCCCUGCUCAAGCCUGCCUUCGAACAGCCAGAAUCUUCAAGGUGGACGAGGCCACUUCCAACAUCGAUGAGAAUGACAUCACACCGGAUAUGUGGGACAAGGUUGAUGCUGCGGAGCACGCAGGACCACAACAGUUUGUGGAUGAGCGUGCCUUCAAGAAGAUCCACAGAUCCCAGAUCAUGUCCGACAUGGUGGUGGUCGAUGCGCGAUGGGUGCGGAAAUGGAAGCGCAACCCAGAUGGCCCCUACAAGAUCAAAAGCAGACUUUGCGCCAGAGACGUGGCCGGAGCCUUUCUGAAAGGGUUCAACUUUGCUGAGAUUCAGCGUGCCCUGAAGGAGCAUGGCAUCAGUGCACCUACAAGGAUUGUGGUGGCACUGCCUCCUUUGAAUGUGUACCGUCACCUCAGCGCAAUGAGCCCUGAGCUUGCCGUGACGGAGAGCCAGAUCUACGACUACGCGCUGAUGUGCGUGAAACCAGUGUAUGGUCUCAACGACGCCCCACUGGCAUGGCAACUAUGCUUCCACAGCUUCAUCAAGACCACUGGUGGAGAACAUUCACAUCUUGAUGAGAACACUUUCUCUUGGAAGGUUGAGAACGGUUACAAGAUCCACCAGCAGGACUUUGCCAAGAAGCUCAAGCCAGCUCGAGUGCCACAGCGAGGCGAUGAGGAAAAGCUCGACAAGGACGAGAUCACCGAGCUCAGAGCAAUUCUGGGAGGUCUUCUAUGGCUGACGGCUACAAGAUUGGACAUCAAUGCUGAUCUCUCCCUUCUUCAGAGCCGUGUGACAAUUAUUGAUCAAGAACCAAGUGUUGGACAAGGCCGACACUAUGCACAAGAAGGAGUGCUGGUUGGUUUGGCCGAUGACUACUUCCAGGGCGAGACCUUCGACCUGGAGACCGUCUUUGAGGACAGUGGCCCACGUGGAGUUCAACUACAUGGCGUGCUACAUGCAAGCGGUGGCAAGGCAAAGCGGGUGAGCUACAGCACUUCCCAUGCUGAGACGCUCUCAAUGGUCAAUGGACUUGAAGCCUCUACGCUGAUCAUGAUUCGUCUCUCCGAGCUGAAUCAACCCGAACGAGCACCAACUGUGAAGCAGCUGAUCUACAUCCAGGAGAAUGGCAACCCGGAGCUUCCGAUCGACUUCUACGGCGACUGUAAGGACUUGUGGGAGCUCGUGACGGGCACAAGAACUCUGCCACAAGACAAAGGGCGGAGAUUGUACGUGCUUGGAGUCAAAGAAGCACGGAUCAGUGGCAAGAUCAGACAGGUGGUGCUGGUCCCUACGGAGUGCAUGACGAGCGACUCGCUCACCAAGCCGGUGGUCCAUGCCAGCAUGCUCCAGCUGAUGACAAGUGGCACUGUGGACUUCUACAACAUGCCGGACCAUCCAAUUCUAUCACGAGUUCUUCCAACUCUGACAGACUACGACGAGCACAACAUCAUCAUGAGCGAUGACGAGGUGCUGGAGAAGAUCGAGAAGGAGGAACGAAAGAAUGUCAAGGUGAGCCAUGCAAGCAUCUGGCUUGGAUUUGUAGCUUUUGGAAGCUAUUCGACGAAGGCUUUGUUGGCCGCAACGAUGCUUCAAGCAGCUGCUGCCUAUGAGACUGGCGAUGAGCGGACGCACAACUACAUCAAGGACGAUGAGAAGUCCCAGAACGAGACCUUCCUCGGGGUCUACAUCAUGAUCUUUGUCACCGUGAUCCUCGCCAUCAACUUGGAGAAGAUGGACAACCUGGACAUGAUGGAAGUGCAAGAAGAUGUAGCCUUCGAGAUCCGCCCUCUGCGGAAAAGGCUUAGAAAGGUGGAGAACGACAAGGAGGAGCUGGAAACCACACUACGGAUCCGAGAUGACGCUCUGGAUGGAUACAAGGAGCGACUGGAGGAAAAGACCACAGAUGACAAGGAGAAGUCCCUGACGGAGCGCAACGAGCUGGACGAGAAGCAUGCCUUCCUGGAGGAGAGAUUUGACAAGCUGCACGAUGACUAUGAAGAGUCAAGGACAGCAGUGGCAGCAUCGGCACGACAAAUUGCCGCGCUGCAAGAUCGGGAGCGAAGAGCUCGAGCAGAAGCAGAAGAAAGAGAUCGACGAAUGAGAGAUGGAGGGGCUCUUUUCCAGCAGCCGCCAGCGCCGAGCGAGGCUGACGAGGAGCUCAAGCGUAAGAUGGCCAGAUUGGAGUCCGAUUGCGACCAGCUAAAACGGCUGAAGGACCAAUACGGUCAGGAGAUCUUAGAUCUGCGCACACAGCUGGCUGAGAAGAAAGCACCAGCACGUGUGCUUCUCACACGCAGCGGAAGCUGCUAUCAUGAGGCAUCCUGCAACCACCUGAAACAUGGGCAUGAGGAUCGCCCCAAGCAGGAAUUUAAACGUUGCAGAGAUUGCCUGGGCUGA